CUGCGUCUGUGCAUGCGCAGGGCGGGGAGACCUUGGGGAGGCGGCGGAGCAGUUUAACGGAGGUGAAAGCAUCGGCGGAAAAGAAAGUUCAGCUGCAAAAUGCAGAGCUGGAGUCGUGUGUACCGCUCCUUGGCCAAGAGAAGCCCAUUCAGUCAACUGUCUCAUGGCCUGCAGGGGGUUUCUGCAGUGCCUCUGAGAACUUAUGCAGAUCAACCAAUUGAUGCUGAUGUAACAGUGAUCGGUUCUGGUCCUGGAGGAUAUGUUGCUGCUAUUAAAGCUGCCCAGUUAGGCUUCAAGACAGUCUGCAUUGAGAAAAAUGGAACACUGGGUGGAACAUGCUUGAAUGUUGGCUGUAUUCCUUCCAAGGCUUUAUUAAAUAACUCUCAUUAUUACCAUAUGGCCCAUGGAAAAGAUUUUGCAUCUAGAGGAAUUGAAAUGUCUGAAGUUCGCUUGAAUUUAGAGAAGAUGAUGGAGCAGAAGACUACAGCAGUAAAAGCUUUAACAGGUGGAAUCGCCCAUUUAUUCAAACAGAAUAAGGUUGUUCAUGUGAACGGAUAUGGAAAGAUAACUGGCAAAAAUCAGGUCACUGCUACGAAAGCUGAUGGGAGCACUCAGGUUAUUGAUACAAAGAACACUCUGAUUGCUACAGGCUCAGAAGUUACUCCUUUUCCUGGAAUCACGAUUGAUGAAGAUACAAUAGUGUCAUCUACAGGUGCUUUAUCUUUAAAAAAAGUUCCAGAAAAUAUGGUUGUCAUUGGUGCAGGAGUAAUAGGUGUAGAAUUGGGUUCAGUGUGGCAAAGACUUGGUGCAGAUGUGACAGCAGUUGAGUUUUUGGGGCAUGUUGGUGGAGUUGGAAUUGAUAUGGAGAUAUCUAAAACCUUUCAGCGCAUCCUUCAAAAACAGGGAUUUAAAUUUAAAUUGAAUACAAAAGUUACUGGUGCUACCAAGAAGUCAGAUGGAAAAAUUGAUGUUUCGAUUGAAGCUGCUUCUGGUGGUAAAGCUGAAGUUAUCACUUGUGAUGUACUCUUGGUUUGCAUUGGUCGACGACCCUUUACUCAGAAUUUGGGACUAGAGGAGCUUGGAAUUGAACUAGAUCCUAAAGGUAGAAUUCCAGUCAAUACCAGAUUCCAAACUAAAAUUCCAAAUAUCUAUGCUAUUGGUGAUGUGGUUGCUGGUCCAAUGCUAGCUCACAAGGCAGAGGAUGAAGGCAUUAUCUGUGUUGAAGGAAUGGCUGGUGGCGCUGUGCACAUUGACUACAAUUGUGUACCAUCAGUGAUUUACACACACCCUGAAGUUGCUUGGGUUGGCAAAUCAGAAGAGCAGUUGAAAGAAGAGGGUAUUGAGUACAAAGUUGGGAAAUUCCCAUUUGCUGCUAACAGCAGAGCAAAGACAAAUGCUGACACAGAUGGCAUGGUGAAGAUUCUUGGGCAGAAAUCAACGGACCGAGUAUUGGGAGCACAUAUUCUAGGACCAGGUGCUGGUGAAAUGGUAAAUGAAGCUGCUCUUGCAUUGGAAUAUGGAGCAUCCUGUGAAGAUAUAGCUAGAGUCUGUCAUGCACAUCCGACCUUAUCAGAAGCUUUUAGAGAAGCAAACCUGGCUGCAUCAUUUGGCAAAUCAAUCAACUUUUAAAUUAGAAGAGUAUAUAUAUUUUUUCUGAUGUUUACUGGGAGCUUUUGUAGAGACACAUUUCCGAACAGGAAUUGCUCACAGCUCCUAGAAUCUCUAGGACUGAAUUAUGAAACUUUUGGGGAGGCUUUAAUAGGUUUGGACAGAAUGGAAUAAUAUCAUCUAUAUUUUAAAUAAAUAUAAUAUUUUGUUUCAGUGCAUUAAUAUUGCAGAAAAAAGCUACUUAAAGUAGCAUCUUAGAAAAUUUUCUUCAGCCUGUAUUUUCAUGCUGUUUAUAAAAGGUUCAACUUCACUGAUUUAUGUUAAGCAGCUUUUAUCUCUGAUACAGUUAAGUUGGAUUUACUUACACGGAUGGAGCUGUGGAGUAUGGUAUAGCUGUGUUUGAAGCAAGAUAAUCAGGUUAUUUUUAACUUGUUUUUCAUAUUGUAAACAGUCAGUCAUUAGAAUAAGAUUAAAAUAUGUAUAAACUGAACUGGUGUAAAUAAAAAAUGAUGUUCUCUU